CAGCCCAGCAUCCAGCUGUCGCCUGCCAAGAGCCUGGGGUGUACAGGGCUCACAGACAGGCCAGUUUCUCCAGUGGGCAGGCAACACCCUGGGCCAGCACCUUGAGUUUGCCUUAGCCGUGGGCAUGAUGUCUUCUCGGUCUCUGCCAGCUUCCCCUGCUGGCCUUGGGCAGGGUGGGUCAGCUUCCUGACCUGGAGGCUGCAGCUGAGUUGUUAGGUGCUCAAGGGCCCCACUGGCCUGAGGGGCAGGACCGGCAGGCGAUCUCUGCUGGCUCCAGAUGCUGAUGAGCCCCAAAAGUUUGUCUCUGGAGGUUGUACAAAAGGACCAACAGAUGCUCACUGUGGCCAGGAGAGCCCCUGCCUCUGAAGCCGUCUGAUUGAUAAGGGCUCUGGUUGUACAUGGAGGAUGACUGAAAAAGCGAAUGGCAUGAAGAGCUCCCCAGCCAAUAGUCACAACCAUCGUGCAGCCCCUGCCAUCAAGGCCAGUGGCAAAGAUGACCACAGGACAAGCAGCAGGCCACACUCCACAGCUGAUGAUGACACCUCCUCAGAACUGCAGAGGCUGGCAGAUGUGGAUGCCCCACAGCAGAGAAGGGGUGGCUUCCACAGGAUAGUUCACCUGGUGGGGGUCAUCAGAGAGUGGGCCAACAAAAAUUUCCGACAAGAGGAACCUAGGCCUGACUCAUUCCUCGAGCGUUUUCGUGGGCCUGAGCUCCAGACUGUGACGACACAGCAGGGGGAUGGCAAAGGCGACAAGGAUGGCGAGGACAAAGGCACCAAGAAGAAAUUUGAACUAUUUGUUUUGGACCCAGCCGGAGACUGGUACUACCGCUGGCUGUUUGUCAUUGCCAUGCCUGUCCUUUACAACUGGUGCCUGCUGGUGGCCAGAGCCUGUUUCAGUGACCUACAGCACAGCUACUACCUGGUGUGGUUGGUGCUGGACUAUGUCUCAGAUGUGGUCUACAUUGCAGACCUCUUCAUCCGAUUACGCACAGGUUUCCUGGAGCAGGGGCUGCUGGUCAAAGAUACCAAGAAACUGCGAGACAACUACAUCCACACCCUGCAGUUCAAGCUGGAUAUGGCUUCCAUCAUCCCCACUGACCUGAUCUAUUUUGCUGUGGGCAUUCACAGCCCUGAGGUGCGCUUCAACCGCCUGCUGCACUUUGCCCGCAUGUUUGAGUUCUUUGACCGGACAGAGACACGCACCAGCUACCCUAACAUCUUCCGCAUCAGCAACCUUGUCCUCUACAUCUUGGUCAUCAUCCACUGGAAUGCCUGCAUCUAUUAUGCCAUCUCCAAAUCCAUAGGCUUUGGGGUCGACACCUGGGUUUACCCCAACAUCACUGACCCCGAGUAUGGCUACCUGGCUAGGGAAUACAUCUAUUGCCUUUAUUGGUCCACACUGACCCUCACCACCAUUGGGGAGACACCACCCCCUGUAAAGGAUGAGGAGUACCUUUUUGUCAUCUUUGACUUCCUGAUUGGCGUCCUCAUCUUUGCCACCAUAGUGGGAAAUGUGGGCUCCAUGAUCUCCAACAUGAAUGCCACGCGGGCAGAGUUCCAGGCUAAGAUCGAUGCCGUGAAACACUACAUGCAGUUCCGAAAGGUCAGCAAGGAGAUGGAAGCCAAGGUCAUUCGGUGGUUUGACUAUUUGUGGACCAAUAAGAAGACAGUAGAUGAAAGGGAAGUUCUCAAGAACCUGCCAGCCAAGCUCAGGGCUGAGAUAGCCAUCAAUGUCCACCUGUCCACACUCAAGAAAGUGCGCAUCUUCCAUGAUUGUGAGGCUGGCCUGCUGGUAGAGCUGGUACUGAAACUCCGUCCUCAGGUGUUCAGUCCUGGGGAUUACAUUUGCCGCAAAGGGGACAUCGGCAAGGAGAUGUACAUCAUUAAGGAGGGCAAGCUGGCAGUGGUGGCUGAUGAUGGUGUGACUCAGUAUGCCCUGCUCUCUGCUGGAAGCUGCUUUGGAGAGAUCAGUAUCCUUAACAUUAAGGGCAGUAAAAUGGGAAAUCGACGCACGGCUAAUAUCCGCAGCCUGGGCUACUCAGAUCUCUUCUGCUUGUCCAAGGAUGAUCUCAUGGAAGCAGUGACUGAAUACCCUGAUGCCAAGAAGGUUCUAGAAGAGAGGGGUCGAGAGAUCCUCAUGAAGGAGGGGCUGCUGGAUGAGAAAGAAGUGGCAACCAGCAUGGAAGUGGACGUGCAGGAGAAGCUAGGGCAGCUGGAGACCAACAUGGAAACCUUGUACACUCGCUUUGGCCGCCUGCUGGCUGAGUACACAGGGGCCCAGCAGAAGCUCAAGCAGCGCAUAACGAUUUUGGAGACCAAGAUGAAACAGAACAAUGAAGAUGACUACCUGUCUGAUGGGAUGAACAGCCCCGAGCCGGCUGCUGAUGACAAGCCAUAACGCCUGGGGCCCAACUGCCUCUCCAUCCUUGGCCUUGAUUCCAGGAGCUAGAGGAGCUAUUUAGAUCUCCGGAUUUAUAUGAAUUACCUUCAUGUCCCCUGAAUUCUCUCCAAAGCGUCUCCGACUCCAGGUUUUUGGCCUAAACAUCCAAGAUUCUGCCUCCAAGUUUAGCCCAAGUUUUUGGAGAGUACAGACUGUGUUGGCUGGGCUUCCGGGAGCUUCAGCCUGCCCAAGUCUGAGGAAGGGAAAAGGGAGAAGCUUAUCUGUCUUCCAGGGGUCUGUCUGGGACUGGGAACCUGGAUAAUGAUCUGCUCUGAAGAAGCCCAUUUGCAAAAUGACAUACACCUUGCUGCAGUACUGCCCCCCUCUGGCUCUUUUGCACCUAGACACUCCUCCCUUGGUUCUGGCCGCCACUUUUUCUAACAUGGUUUCUGAAUACUCCCUUUCCUCUGCACAUGCAUGUACUUCGAGCACCGACUAUAGACAUUUAGGCCAGGUCCCCAGUGUCUGUCUCCCAUGACAGGCCAAGGAAUGUGAUAGUGUUGUUGGGAGAGGGCAGGAGGGUGCCCACUCAGGGCUGUUCCUCCCCAUCACACACUCCAGUUCCUGCUCUGUGGAUUGAUUGGUCUGUUUGCUAGCCAGGAUGGGGUCUCUGCAGACUUCUCUGGACCAGGGAGAUGGACCAGGCUUCUGGUCCAUUCCACGGCAUGGAGUGAGAAGCAAGGCAACUGGCAAUUGUCCACCUGGAGACAGGGGUAGCUGGCAGCUCUGGCCACCCCUUCCUCUCUGCAGAGCAUUUCUGAAGAGGCACUGAAAACGGCUGCUGGUGUGGAGACUCUUCAAGUUAAUAACUGCAUUAGAGGCACCUACAAGUUCAAAUUCCUUUGAACUAUCGGUGGUUAUUGCUUAACUCUGCUAUCCACAUUCUCCCCCUCCCUCCAUGAAUCCCUCUCUUUUCCCUAUAUGGAUGUCCAUCAGUAUUCAUGAGGGAUUGCUUUCAGGAGUCCCCAUGAAUAACAAAAUUUGUGUAUGUUCAAGUCUCUAAUAUAACAUGACAUAGCAUUUGAAUAUAAACUAUGCAUACCCUUCCAUACUUUAAAUCAUCUCUUGAUUAUUUCUAAUACCUAAUACAAUGUCAGUGCUAUGGAAAUAGCUGUUAUACUGUAUCUGCUCUUUGUAUUAUUUCGAUCUUUUAUUUUUUUUCCUGAAUAUUUUCAAUCUGCCAUUGGUUGAACCUGCAGAUGUGAAAUGCAAGGAUAUGAAGGACAGACUGUACUUUUCUUUGCUCCUAACCAGAACUUUUUCAAUCUGAAAUACACUCUGCUGCCUUCUCUUGCCUGCCUAAGCCUUAUGGGUCCUUCAGGGCUUAGCUCUGGCACCACCGUCUCAGAGAAGGCCCACUUGACCGCAACCACUCCCACACUAGUCAAUCAUCUUUAUAGGCUCCUACAGUGCAAAACAGACUCUCUGUCCUGGUUUCAUAAUGUGGCAUCUGUUUUGGUGGACUUCGUUUCCCCUCUAGGCUAUGGGCAAGGUCAAGAUGAUCUCCCUCAUGGGUCUCUUUGCAGCUUCAGUGACAUAGCUGGCACAGAGGAGCAUUCAGAGAACAUUUAUUCAUCGAGGGAGUAAGUGAAUACAGGAAUGAGCGAAUGAAUGAACAAAGAAACACAGCUGGCCAAACACUGGCUCUGCUGGGGGAGUUAGGGAAGAUCUCCCGGAGUAGCACAACUUUCAGUCCUGAAGGACGAAUACUGAUUAGUGGGCAAGAAAAUCUAGGUGCAGACUCAGAGGCCUUCCUGUUCACAUGCACAGCACUCACUUAUUCAUGUACUUCUUGUGGUGAAAUACACACACAAUUUACCAUCGUAAUCACUUUUAAGUGUACGGUUCAGUAGUGUUAAGUAUAUUCACAUUGUUGUGAAAACAAUCUUGAGAGUUUUUCAUCUUGAAACUAAAACUUUGCCCCCAUUAAACAAUUCCCCAUUGCUCCUUCCACCCAGCCCCCGGCAGCCACCAUUCUACUUUUUUUGUCUCUAUAAAUUUGACUUCUCUAGGGAUCUCAUAUAAAUGGAAUCAUACAAUA